UUUCUGUGGUAAUCACAUAUUCUGUAAUGAAGACUUUCUUAUAAUUAUAUAAUACUCUAAGUAUGUGACUCAUCCAUUAUAUUCCUAUAUUCUCUAUUUAAAAUGGUCAACUAUCGAUACCAGUCGUCGCUUCGGACUUUACGUGGCGUUCGGUUACUGUGCUUUGAUUUGAUGUCAUCUUUGACCAAUUACGACAGUGCUUGCAAAUUGUAUGCCAAAGUUGGUAUUUUCGGUAUUUUGGCAUAUAUGGUCACAUUAUCAAUUUGAGUAUUUUGUGAAUGGCAGUAAAUGGUAAUAACAUUGCGAGGCGAGAAGUGAAAACGUCGGUCGAGAAUCCGAAAAGCAGGAUUUGAUUAAAUAAUUAAAGCUCAACGACAAAAGUGCGACUGAACAACCGUGUAAACGUAUCAAAUAGUGAUCAGCACCAAUACAUAGAUCUAGUGCUCGUCUUGCUGCGAAGCCCCUUGCGUACGCACACACACAUAGCUAUUGACAUUUGUGAUCUGUGCUCUGCGUCUCCUUUGCUCAUACACACAAACACACACACACACGUACACUGCGGUUUCCCCGUUCAUCGUAGUUUUCACAGCUGCAACGCAAAUUCGAAAAAGGAGUUUGCAAAUUUGCAUCAAGUGUCCCGGGAAAGCGUAAUCAGAGCGCAUUGUGCUAAAUAAUCAGACCAAAGAUGGAACUGUUGCAACAGACACUCUUAACUGCAAGGAGGUUUAAGAACUAAGCUACAGCUGGGUGAGCCUUUGGGGGCGGUCAUGAGAAGCAUGUUCCGUCCGAUCAAGAAGAUUUUUACGUACAUACAAAAGAAUGCCAGCAAUGGAACCAUGUUUGGCAGCACAAGCAGCGUGAAUGCUGACAAUGAAGCCAGCAGCGGCAGCAGUGGCGGCGGUGGCGUUGUUGGCGAUGCCAACAGAAUGGAACAGCCAAAGGAGUUGGUGCUAGAGGAGCAACUGCAGUUGCCAACAAUUGAUAAGGAGUCGGGCCAACGGCUCGAGGAUGAGGACAUUGAACGUCAAAUAAAAACUUCAAUUAUCGAUGCCAGCAAAGUGCAUGCGUCAAAGUCGAAAAUUGUGCUGCCGCUGCAGCUGCAACUAGACGAUGAGUUGGCAGACUUUGCACACGAGCCGGUGGUACUGAUAAACGACGCGGACGAUGAUCUGGAAGAACAGUUUCUGGAGCUGGACAACUUUCCCAACAAUGAGAUUAUUGUGCUUAGCGAUAGCGAGGUCAAUUCAUCGUUGGCCUCCGAUAAUAUAUCUGAGGAUCCGCUGGCGAUAGAUGACUUUGCGCAACCUUUGCUGCGAGAGGAUGACAACGAGGUGGUUGUGGUGGAUGACGAGGAUGCAGAGAGCAGCGGUAAUUUGCUGUGGCUCAAACUGGACACGCCAGCGCCAGUCGGCAGCAACGUUGACAGUGGCAUUGUCGGGCCCCUACCCAGCUGCAGCAAUGGAAGAGCGGCUAUAAUCCAGCCGCCCACAAAGACCAAAGAGGACGAGCUGCGUAGCGACGGCGGCUCCGAUUCAGGACUGGGCAGCGAAAAUGAUCGACACAACACGAUAGCAACAGUUAAUGGUUCGACGACGAGCGUGCAGAAGCCGCUGCGGUCCAAUCUGAAGCGGCGACUGGAGGAUGAUGGCAUGGAGCUGGCCUUGGUACCGGACAUGAACAGCAGCAACGUCAGCUGCUGCUCGAGCACACAGAAACGCUCGAAGCGUUGCAUUAACUUUGAUAGCGUUAAGGUCUACUAUUUUCCCAGGCAGCAAGGCUUUAGCUGUGUGCCCACAGCCGGUGGCUGCACGCUGGGCAUGGGUGCUCGGCACAUUGCUUUUAAGACGAUGACGCUGGCCGAGCAUGCGGCGGAGCUGAGGCGUGCGCAUCGCAGCCAAAAUCAGGAACAACAGCAGCAGCUGCAAACGCGCGGCUCCAGCAGUGAUGACAGCGAGGAAUCCGAGGAGGAUUAUUUAAGCGAGGGCAGUAGCUCCGAUGCUGACGAUGGCUCCAAUGGAUUCCUGCAGCCGGUAACGCCCAAGCAGCGACGAGCGCUGCUAAAAGCGGCCGGAGUGAGAAAGAUCGAUGCCAGCGAGAAGAUCGAUUGCAAGGAUAUACGCAAUUCGCGCGAGGUGUGCGGCUGUUCGUGUCGCGAAUUUUGUGACCCGGAGACGUGUGCCUGCAGCCAGGCGGGUAUCAAGUGUCAAGUGGAUCGAGCGAUGUUCCCGUGCGGCUGCACACGCGAAGCCUGCGGCAACACCGUCGGACGUGUCGAGUUCAAUCCUACCCGCGUGCGCACCCACUACAUACACACCGUUAUGCGGCUGGAUAUGGAGCAGCGCCAGAGUCAGGGCCCGCCGACGGCAACGAGCAAUAAUGGUCUGGUCUAUGGCAGCAGCGCCUCCGGCAGCAGCAGCGCUGGCGUCGUUUCACCCGCUGCUGCUGCUGCCGCCUCGCACUGCUUCUUCAUGCAGCCGCAGUCCAACUACAGCUCCGGCUAUGCCUCGCCAGCUUACACGCCCGAGACGAGCGUCAGCUAUUACCAGCAACAGCAGACGCCGGGACAGUCGAACGCCUCGCCUGGUUCCACAGCAAGCAGCAGCAGCACGGCGCAGCAAUCUAGCUACGCUGCUGGUUAUCCGCAACUGGACAGCCUUGAUUCGGGACUAUUUACGAGCGGUAGCAAUGCCACGCCCUCGUACGGUGAGCUUCUAACGCCUACCUAUCAUCCAACCGUCAGCUAUGGCAGCGCACAGCUCAACUCCUACAAUUCCUACCAACAGACGACGACUUUAUCGGGCGGUAUAGUAUCGCCUGGUGCGUACAGCUCAUGUGCGGUGCCGUCGGUGCCGCCUUUUGGCAAUGCCACCACCACCGCCUCGAAUGCCACGCAAUAUCAGCACGCGAAUGUGUUAGAAACCACCGCCGCCGUCUCCAGGAAUACCAGCAGCAGCAUAUCCAUAACGGCCAGCAGCUGUGCCACGGGCCUGGCCCGGCUGACGGGCAACGUCCCGGUUGACUUUAUCAAUUUGAAUGCGCCGAUUAGCAGCUCGUCGCGCAUCUCGCAGAUCAAUGAUCUAUUGCAGCACAAUCGUAAUACCACCGCCGCUUUGGUAGCCGUCUCUGAGGGUUAUACCACUGUGCGCAGCAGCAGGAGCGGCACCACCAACACCACCAACACGAACACCAUCAUUACCAUCGACCUCGAUUCAAUUGAUACGCCGCCCAUUGUGGAGGAGGCGCAGCGGAGCUGUAUGACGUUUGAGGAGCUGCCACCGCCGCUUAUUAAUCCCACGCCCAUCGUUGCCGUUGUGGAGCAGCCGCACAAGCCACUGCUCGUUGUGUCCACACCGACGCCUCAGCCGCGUCAACCGCUGGAAUCCAGCAUCGGGAUCGAAUCAGUGUCGAGCUGCACAAGCAGCAACAGCAAAAGCAAUUGAACCAGGAUUUGCGCAACAUCUGUGGAUAGUUUUUAUAGCAAUUUUACACAGCAGAAGACUUAAUUAUAUUUAAGCGGCAGCGUCUGAAUCAAAAUGCGUGUUUAGGAUUUAUCAACAUUAUGUUUGUUUCGGGCCAUCUACGUCCGACGUGCUGCGUGCUACGUGCCGCCCGCCUUCCUUCGUCUCUGACGUACCAAAACUUCAGCUGGCAGCUGGCAAUCAUCCGCUAUGCAUGAUAUGCAUAAUGUCUGGCUCGCCUUGUAUAAAAUCAGUUUUAAUUGUUACAAUUCUAAUUAGUCUUAAGUACACAAUGUAAUUUAGUCACUUCGUUGCUUAGGUUUGGAACUUAUGUAGUUUUUUUUCGCCUUACCCAAUUAACAGCAGUUAAGAUAUUUUGUAUUCCACUCGAGAAGAAAAUCACCCCCAACUUCUUCCCACACGUCUAGCGUUGUUUCAACGAAUUUAAUCCAGCUGGGCCUUGAACAAUUCAUGUAUAAAAUAAAAACGAUACACUUUUAAUCAAUUAA